GCAGCCGGACAGCCACCGGCACGUCCGAGGAGACACCCAGACGAGUAGUGACAUUAUUUACAAGAGAGUUGGUGUCCCUGCACCCACGAGUCACUAUUCCUGUCAACCGACAAUCAUCCAGGGUCCUUCUGUUACAUCGAGUUGCCAUUUUGUUCAACUCACAACAAAUGUUUACCUUGUGCUUUAGAAAUUAGGUUAAAUCUACACAUUUACAGGAGACACAGUGGGAUUUAUGUUUUGCAUGAAAGAAAAAUGUUUUAGACGUCUUUCUCUGCAGAAUAUCGAAAUGCUACAUGUGUAGUUAGUGUUUUGACCAAUCAGUUGUAGAGCCUCGGUAGAGGGGUAUAAAUGUGAGGCGGUUGCCGUAGAAACGUGCCACUGAAGAGUUGAACGCAAGAGCCCGUGAUAAUCGUAAGGUAAUUCUAGCGCGGUCAUUCGUAGUAAAUGCCAUAUUUACCAAACGUGAAUUAAUGUUAUGGUAACUUGUGUUGUCCUGCUAAUGACUGAACAAUUUGCGACAGUUGUCAUAAGUUGGAAAGGAGCCCACGAGGUUAAACGACUACAUCCUAACAGCUAACGCUAGCUAAACGUUAGCUGCGGUAGCUAAGCUAGAUGCUUCCUAACAGGUGUUGAAUGAAGCUGCUCUCGAUGGACCGCUUCCUAACAGGUGUUGAAUGAAGCUGCUCUCGAUGGACCGUAUCGCCCUGUUUGUGGGGGGAAAAAAACAGAUCUGUACAUAAGAUAACAAUGUGAAAAUACCUCGUUAGUGCAGUGUCGGCUGUCAGUUAGGUCGCCUGGAAACGAUAGUACAUGUAUUCAAUGUCCUCAAUAUUUAUUGGCAGCUAGCUAAUAUGACUAUUUAUGCCACGAAAGCGUCAUUCACAACAUUUAUUGGCCGGGAUUACAUCUACACCUUUCAAAUAGAGUACUAUAGCUAGCUCCCCUAGCUUCUCGUUUUCCCUGAUAACUUGCUCUGGAGGUUAGCUGAGAUGGUAGCUAACCGGUGGGCGUGGUGGCUUCACGUAUUGCCCUGAUCACUGUCAACAGCGCAGCCAUGCUUUCUGCUCAACACCACACAUUGCAUCUGAAAACUACUAUAAGUUAAAGCCUUAUAUAUUAAACCAAGCCUGCAACACCUUACUGAAUCUAAUUUUAACAGUAGGUAAAGGUAAUGUUUAGCUAAAUGGUAAUAAUAAUGAUUUAAAAUGCAUAGUCUUUUGUCGGGUAGGCCUACUCAAAAAUCUGCGAUGAAGUUAAUGAUUUUUGUGUGGUGAAACUUUCUAAAUUAUUUAAUUAUUAAUUCAAUAUUCCUGAUGUUUAUUUUUUUAAGAGUGGAAAAGAUCUGAAAAAAACGUGAAAAUAUGAAAAUAACUGGUAUUUUGGACAAAACAUUUUGAAAAGAUGAACUGUGACAACCCUGUUUAUGGAAAUGUCUAUCGAUCAAAAGUGAUUCCAUAACCUGUUACUGUUUCACUUAUUGACAUACUCAAAAGUGCUUUGGAAACAUGGUCUUGUUAAAGGCUCCUGAGCCCCCACUUGUCUCUUCUGAUGGUGUUGCUAUCCAUUCAACUAGCAUUUUAUAUAUAGGCUUCUGCUGGUGAUUUAUUAUUUAUUAUUAUUUGUGAACAUCCAGUCAACUGACUAAUUUGUUCAGAUAAACAAAUCAGAGAAUUGAUGAUACUGCAAUCUCGUUGGUGUUGCUUAUUUGACAUUACCCCAGCCUUGCUGUGUCUUUAUAAGGAAGCAAUAUUGAGCAUACUGCAAUCAAGCUAUUUAUUUUCAGUAUACUAUGCUGGAGACGUUGGGAUGAGUGCUGAGACUUCAAACUUCUGAACUUCUUGGCAUCCUAUGUUUUUGUUCUCACUAUCAUUUAAUCUACAAGAAGGCCUUUUGGGAUCGUUGUUUGCUGUUUCAAGACACACGUGCAGGAAAACGUGUGAUGAACACCAAAUUGCUGCAAAACAUUCAACAUACUCUUCAUGGCCUUCAGAGUCUCUCCCACUGUGAACGGAAACCCCCCUCCCCCGGAGGUCAUAAACCCUAAGAACCCUGGACGUGACACCAACCAGCUGCAGUACCUGGAGAAGGUGGUGAUCAAGGCCUUAUGGAAGCAUAACUUCUCAUGGCCCUUUCGCCAGCCUGUGGAUGCUGUGGCACUGGGUCUGCCGGAUUAUUAUACAAUCAUCACAAAGCCUAUGGAUCUGACCACUAUAGAAAAGCGUCUCCAGAACAAAUACUACUGUGGAGCACUUGACUGUGUACAAGACUUCAACAACAUGUUCACCAACUGCUAUAUGUACAAUCGGCCUGGAGAUGACAUUGUUUUGAUGGCACAGACCCUAGAAAAGCUUUUUCUGCAGAAACUGUCCGACAUGCCUAAAGAAGCGUUUGAACUUACAGCAAACAAUACAAAGGAACCAGUGAAGGGGAGGAAGACACAUACAGCUCAUGCAGGUUCAGUAAAGCACAGAUCCCUUAUGUCAGAAGUUGUUCUCCAGCAGACUGUGACAGUCAUUCCAACUGAUGUGCCUAAAUGUAUCCCACCCAACCAGCUCUCUCUACAAAUUGAUCCCACAGUAAAAAAAGGUUUUAAAAGGAAAGCAGAUCCCACAUCCUCCACCACCUCCGUCAUCUGCCGCAGGGAGGAAUCCCUCUCUGAGAAACAUUCAGCACCGUGUGCGUUAUUGUCCAGGAGAGGCAGUGGAAGGCCCAUCAAACCUCCUCUGAAGAAAGACUUACCUACCUGUGAGAGCAAGGUGCGCCUGUCUGAGCAGCUGAGGUUCUGUAACGACAUGCUGAAGGAGAUGCUGUCCAAGAGACACUAUGCCUACGCCUGGCCCUUUUACACUCCUGUUGAUGCUGUGUCUCUGGGCCUGCAUGACUACCAUGACAUCAUCAAGCAGCCUAUGGACCUUGGCAAGAUCAGGAAAAAGAUGGAUCAAAGGGAGUAUGAAAAGGCAAAGGAAUUUGCCGCUGAUGUACGUCUGAUGUUCUCCAACUGUUACAAAUACAAUCCACCGUCACACGAGGUGGUUUACAUGGCAAGAAAACUGCAGGACGUCUUUGAGGCCCGAUAUCUGAAGGUUCCCGAAGGAGUAGAUGUUUGUCCCAUACCUCGUCAGCAACUCGACAAAGGAAAGGCAGAGCGAGUUGGAAGUGUGUCAACAUCAGCCAGCUCUGAAAGCGACAGCUCCUCAGAGGCAGAGAGUUCCUCAGGAGAGGUGUCGGUUCAGCUGGCCAAUCUAGAGGAGCAGUUGGAAGCUGUCCGCGAUGAGCUGAAGAGACUUGCCCAAGAGCCUGUGAUGAAACAUAAGAAGAAAGCAAAGUUGAAAAAAGAAAAAAAAGCUAAAGAAAAGGAUAUCGCUAGAUUAAAGCACAUAUCCUCGAAAUACAAAUCUAUGGUAGAAAAACUGGCCAACCGCAAAAGCUCUACUUUGCACGGCAACAGACACAAUAUUCAUGGGGUACCUUUAACGUGUGAGGAUGAGGUCCCAUCAAUUCCAGUGACUUACCAGGAGAAGAGGCAGCUGAAAUCGGACGUCGACAAGCUGCCUGGUGACAAACUGGGCAAGUUGGUGAAGAUCAUCCAUGCCAGGGAGAACUGCCUGCAAGACUCUUCUCUGGAGGAGAUUGAAGUUGACUUUGAAAUGCUCAAGCCUUCCACGCUGAGGGCCCUGCAGAGGUUUGUUGCAGCGUGUCUGAGGAAGGUCAACAAGAAAGCUUGUAAAACGAAGCUGGUCACAGGAGGAAUGCAGAGCGGGAAACUAAAGAAUGCCUGUACAUCUCAGGUUGCCAGUAAAGAGCAGCACUUCAUUAAGAAUAAACAGCAACCGCCUAAAGUCAUGGCAGUGCCUGACCCCGGCUGGCUCCCACGCCUCAGUGCGAGCAGCAGCUCAGGCAGCAGCAGCAGUGAUUCCAGCUCUAACAGUGAUGGCAGUGUCCUCGAUACAGUGCCAAAAACAAAGAAGCAGAAAAGUAAAGACUCUUGCCAAAAGGUUAAGACGGAGGUAACUCGUACUGCCUGUGGCAAGCAGUUAUCGCUGAUGAAAGAUUUGACAAAAGCCUCUUUGAAGACCUGCCAGCCUCCUCGUGCUGGGCAGUCCGCCAAAGCAGAAACCAAAGGCCACCCAACAUACAAUAAUAAAGAUUGGACCUUUGACAAGAUGACUUUAUCACCUCCAGAUUUGUCUGCCCUCUUAUCUCCCAUGGCGUCUCCAGGAGUGUUGCUGGACUGGACUGCAGCCAGAUUUGAGCCCGGCCCAGUGCUGUCCCCUCUGGCAGCCAGUCCGCUGCAUCCCAGGGAGGACACCAGGUCCAAUUUCAGAUACGCUGAGGAUUUGCCUGCUCAGCUGAUUAAUGUGCCUUACACCAACACAGCAAGUAAAUCUGCUGAAGAGGGGAAAAAAGAAAUUCCCCAAAAGGACAUUGUUCUGAAAAAUGCUGAGUCAUGGGCAAAACUGGUGAGGCAGUCAAUAACUGCAACUGCUAUCAAGUCAUCCAAGGAGAGCUUCAAACAGUUCCGUAAGGUCGCUCAAAAAAAGGAAGAACUUGAAAAAGCCCUGAAGAAGAAACAGACGGAAGACAACAAGGAGAGGGAGGCUCCUGAGAAGAGCAGCUUACCAGGCCCUUGUGAAGCAGACACUAAUCUACAGCCUAUUGGGGAGGAUCCUGAAUCACCCGAGAGCGUUUGUAGAGAAACUCUAGACGCUAUUAAGGAUGUUGAGCUGCAAAAGUCUCCUGUGGAAACACAACCUCUAAGCACACAGUCCACGGUGGAUAUGAGGAGAGAGAUGGCCCGCAGGAAGGAGCAAGAACGACGCAGGCGAGAGGCUAUGUCUGGUAUAGACAUGUCUCUGCAGCGGGACAUCAUGACUUCAUUUGAGCUCGCCCUGGACUAAAGAAACUACUUGGAAAAGAUAUCCCUCUGUGCCAAACUGAGCAUCGUCUCAGUGAAUAACUCGAGCUGCUGCUUCUAGAAUAGACAAAAAGAGUUAUUGUGGAAAAAAAACAUUGAACAAAUAUAAAUGGGCCCUGAAAUGUUGCACUGACACACUGCACUGUUGGAUUUGAGAGGAUUGGGGUGAGGCACGGUCAAACCUAAAGCUGAUCUUUUGUGCAAGUGUAUCUGUUCUUUUCUCCUUUGUGUGAAAGUUGUGUAUGACAAGCUAUUUCGUGCAUAUACUGUAGUUGAAUCGUCACAUUGUCUUGUUUGCUGAGAAAUGGCAGUGUUGUUAAGUUAUGUUUGUUAAAUGAUCCCAUCUGAUCAACCACCAUCUUUCACUUCAUCCUGACCGAACACUGUUAUAUGUUGAUGUUACAUGCACACGUGACUUUAUUUCCUUGCACAAAAGUACAUUUUGACCCAAGGUUGGUAGGUCCUUGUCAAUGUUUCCAAUGUGGAAUAGAAGUUAAUAAUCUCAGUUCCUUCGCUGUACUACUUGAAAAUGCCAUAUAUUGUGUUAACCGAACCACACACUGCACUUUAUUGUUCAUACAGUUCUCACUGUUCCAAAGCUGCUUUUGGAGAUUAUCGACAUGUUCUAUAUGUUACAGUUUGUAUAAGCUAAAUAAACAAGAAAUAAUUUCUUCUU